AUGGAUUCGAUAGGUAUGGCAUCGGACCAAGUGGAUGAUGAAUAUUCACGCAUGGUCGAUCCGAAUCAUGAUAUUGGCUCUUCAUCGGAAAUGAACAAUAUCAAUGAUCAUAACGUGAAUGAGGAAAUGAUGAAAAAAAGAGAAAACGCAAGAACGAUCCAGAAACAACUUUUAGAACAAAUCAAAGAAGAGCAUGCUCGACAAGUGAAAAAGACUAAUUGUUUUCGAUUUGGAAAUAUUUAUUCUCUUCCAAAAUUAAAUUUAACAUUGCAUCGAGAAUUAACGAAACAUCAAGGCAAGGUCUUUAAUAUUGCUUGGUCGAGAGAUUCUUCAAAGUUAAUUUCCAUUUCAAAAGAUCAACAUCUUAUUGUAUGGGAUGUGAAAAAAUCAACAAUUGAAACCAACAUUAAUUUCAUGUAUUCUCCUUUCAAAAUGGGAUGUGAUAUUAGUCCAUCCAGUAAAUUGGUUGCGUGUGGAGGCUUAGAUAACCUUUGGUUAGUUUAUGACAUUUCCUCAAAAAUUGACAAAACACCACAAGAUCACGUUCCCAAAAUCAUUCUCGAGGGCAGUCUCGGUUGGUCAAGCUCUUGUAAAUUUUUGAGCGAUCAAAAUCUUGUAACAGCCAGUAGCGACUCAUUAGCGAGGUUAUGGGACAUUCCAACAGGAAAAGUUAUUUGUACAUUUAUUGGACAUUCUGUUGAAGUGAUGUGUGUGAGCAUUCCCAAGAAUGAAAAUUGUAUCAUGGGUCAAGUGCUUGCAACUGGAAGUUGUGAUCCCAAUGCAAAAUUGUGGGAUUUGAAAAGUGGAACAUGUAUACAAACAUUUCCACAUCUGAUGGAUGUUGAUGACGUGCAGUUCUUUCCAAAUGAUCAAUUUAUUGUGACUGCAAGUUCAGAUGGUGUGUGUCGAUUGUUUGACCUUCGAUUUCCUUCACGAGAGUUGUUACAGUAUCAAAAUCCUGAUGAAAACGCCGUCUGUGGAAUCAGAAGUUUGAGUUUGAGUGCAUCCGGGAGAGUGUUAUUUUGUGCGUGUGAGGAUCACUCUGUUUACGCAUGGGAUGUGUUGAAAGGAACUUUGUUGGAAGGUAUGGAAAAGUUUGCCAAGAGAAAAAGAAAGGAUAUGAUUUCUGCAGUGCGAGUGUCACCAAAUGGAGAAUAUUUGGCAUGUUCUUCAUGGAACAAGAGUAUUUAUCUGUUAAAACAUGAAUGA